GAAGGAUUUUUUUUUAUGUUUCUUCAUCGAACGAUCUGUACCGCAGUUUCAUGCGUAUAUAUCUGUGGUGCAACGACGUCAAAUUCGAGCCAAAGAAAUCAGCGCGUUUGCUCCUUCUGGCAGUGAAUUUCACCGUAUCGUUCCGAUAGUUACGAAUUUUAAAAUCACCGAUCGCUGGUGGACGCAAUUGUUGGUUGUUUGAACGGAAGAAUUGACAAUUUUUCCAGUGCCGCCAGUGGACAUGGCCAAGAAUCGAGGAAGUGGUGGUGAGCCGGAAAACGAAGACAAAGGUGGUGUGAUGCUAGAAGCAACGGCCUCGUAUACAGCUAGUUCAUCGCAAGAGGACGGACAAGCGGAGUCGGGACCGGUGGCCAAUCCGGUUGUCGUCACCGCUUCAGUCUCGUCGGACAAUGAUAACAUCUCAACCCGGGUUGGGUCACGGACAAAGAAAGCCAAGGUCGUGUUCGAUCCGUCGGACAACUACGUUCCGAGAAAGCGUGUCCGCAAGAGUGAUGCAAACGCUACGGAUGGUCCCGGGGAACCGGGGCUGCCGAAAUCGCCCGUCAAGUUUACCGAAAAACUGGCUUCUGAUUCGGUUAACAAUGAAGCCAACUCAGCUAACAACAACAAUAAAACACGCCUCAUGCCGACGAGCAGCAGCUCGCAAAAUCCGAAACCUAAUUCCGGAAUUCCGAGCGGAUAUCGCAACAAGAUUCUCUGCUCAUCGCCGCCAGAACCCGGGUCGGCUGGUUCGUCUGGUGGAGUGGCGGUCACCGGAGGAGCAAGGCAGGAAUUCAAAAGAGAGCCCACCUGUGACAUGUGCCACAAGGUGGAACAGCUAAGGCGAGGUUUCAAGCUGAUCGAUUGCUCCAACUGUCCUUUCCGAGCGCACUCGCGCUGCCUACGGGCCCAUCAAGUGUACUCCAAGUUUCCGAUACUGGACAACUUCCGCUGUUUCCAGUGUAUCGAGUGCGUGGUCUGCGGGAAGGUGCUACGCGGUGGAAACCUUCUCUUCUGCGCCAAAUGCCAGAAUGCGUUCCAUGCAAACUGCCACGGUCCGACGGUUGCCCAGGAGGGAAGUUCCAGCCGUUCGUGGAGCUGCAAACGAUGUGUGAGUGAAAAAACGGCUACUCCCACACCGGUUACAUCCACGGUGGCUCCCAGGCAGUUGAUGCCACCACAUUUGCAGCAACAACACAAACAGCAGCAGCAACAAAAAUUGAAACAAUCACAGCAACAUCAACAUUCGCAACACAAGCCACAACAGCAGCAACAGCUCCCAAGAUCUCAAGAACGUCGCCCAGCGGCCGCCGUCAGUGCGGUUAUUCCUGAUCAAUCUCUGCAGCUGGGGUUGCCGCCGCUGGCCGUGCAAGCGAUUCAUUUUCUGCAGCACGAAGACCUGGAUGACCACGAAACGCCAAGGGAUCAACAAGCUGAUGACGAAGCCCAUCACGACUUUGCCGGGUUCAGUGAUAAUGAACUGGGUAAAGGUUCUCGGUCCUCGUCGGAAGAUGGCGGAGAGGGCAGUAAUCAGUCGACAUCAACGACGACGACAAAGCACAACGUGCCCUCGACGAUGAGGGCACGACGCCGUAGCUAUGAUAACGGAACCGACAAUGACCAUAUGGAGGAGGAAAACGAUGACCACGACGACGACGAUGAUGAUGCUGAUGAGGACGACAAUCAUAACGAUGUCGAUGAGAAACCGAAGGUGGCAAACGGGAACAACAACGGUACCGUCGAAACGCACGGUUCGACGAAUCAGGCGGACUUCGAUGAAGACGAAAAAAAGUUCGACCCCGGUAUGGAUAAUUUCGAAAACGUACACAAUUGGACCUGCGAAGAAGUAUACCUUUACUUCCAGCACCACUUUCCGGAUUAUGCUCAUCUGUUCAAGGAACAGGAAAUUGACGGUCCAUCGCUGGUGCUGAUGCGUAAAUCGGACGUCCUGACGGGCUUCGGACUGAAGCUAGGACCGGCAAUCAAGCUCUAUCAGCGGAUAGUGAUGAUGCAGAACAAUGACCGCGACAUAAGGCUCACGUGGAUCUAAAAUUACGAAAUCAGGGUGUUCGUUCUGCUUUUGAUGGUUUUUUCCGAUCUCGUCCCAGUACUUUCAUCGGGGUGGCUAAAGAUUCAAAAUUACUACUACAUAUGAAGUGAGAAGCAAGAUGUGGAACUUGCGUCAGUAAUAUUUAGAUGAUAAUAUUCUGCAAAAUUCCCUGUAACGCGUUCUAAGUUUUA